AUGGCUAUCAAAGAAUCUCACACUGACGUAUUAAUCAUUGGUGCUGGUCCUUCAGGACUCAUGUGUGCAACCUGGUUAGCAAGAUGCGGAAUUCCUUUUCGAAUUAUUGACAAAAGGUCCAACGAAGUGUUUACUGGCCAGGCUGAUGGUUUACAGAGUCGCUCCUUGGAAAUUUUCAAGUCCUUUUCCGAACCAGCAUUUGAUUUUGCAACAUUAGAUCAAAGUUGGAAAAUGGCUAACCAUGUCAUUGACAUGUGUUUCUGGUCGCCUGAUGAAACUGGUAAAUUGAUUAGAAACUCCAGAGUUGCUGACACCAUUCCAGGCAUAUCCAGGUAUACUGAAUCGGUGAUUCACCAAGGCAACGUUGAAAGGUGGUUUGAAAACUCAAUUAACUAUUUUUCUGAUGGGAAAGUCAAAGUCGAAAGACCAUUGUUGCCACUUUCUCUCAAGAUUGAUGCUACUAAAACCAAUGACCCACAAUCUCAUGCUGUUGAAGUGUUGGUUACAAAGUUGAAUUCUGAGGCUGCCAGACCAGAACAAUAUGGUAAGGUUGCCAAUGGUCUUUUCCGUGCCUUUGACGGCGACCAAGAAAAGUUUUAUAAAAACAUAGAUGAAACUAACGAGCACAACUACGAAAUAAUUCAUGCAAAAUAUGUUGUUGGUUCUGACGGUGCCCACAGUUGGGUAAGAAAACAAUUAGACAUUGAUAUGGAAGGUGAACAGACUGAUUUUGUUUGGGGGGUUUUAGAUAUGGUCCCCAUUACUACUUUCCCCGAUAUUAGAAACCGUUGUGCCAUUCAUCUGAAAGAUUCUGGUUCUGUUAUGGUUAUCCCCCGUGAAAAUGAUUUAGUCCGGUUCUAUAUUCAAUUGAAAGAAGUAGAAAGAGACCCAGCUACUAAAACCGACAAUAAGCAAUUCAAUGGUAAUGUUGAUGACACAAAAGCUAAAACUAAAGGUAGAAUUGAUCGUUCGAAAAUCACUCCAGAAUUAAUUCUUAAACAAGCUCAAAAAAUUUUCGAACCUUAUACUCUUGAAAUGACUGACUUGAGUUGGUACACUGGUUAUCAAAUCGGACAAAGAGUUAGUCCUCGAUUUUCUAAACAGAACCGCGUUUUCAUUUCCGGCGAUGCAUGUCAUACCCAUUCCCCUAAAGCAGGUCAAGGAAUGAACGUUUCCAUGCAAGAUACUUAUAAUCUUGGAUUCAAAUUAGCUUUGGUAUGCAAAGGGUUGGCUAGAUCAGAGAUAUUGUCCACUUAUGAACUGGAAAGAAUGAAAGUUGCUCGUGAUUUGAUUGCCUUUGAUCAUAAGUUAUCUCGAUUGUUUAGUGGUAAACCAAUGAUCCCCAAUUCGGAUAUAUUAGAUGGUGUUGAUAUGGAUGAGUUCCAUCAGGUGUAUCUUGAAGGGAAUAAGUUUGCAUCUGGUACUAUUGUUGACUAUGAAGAUUCGUUGUUGGUAUCCAAAAAGGAAGCAUUGCCAGUCGACAUCAAUGAUUGCACAAUGGACCAAAAAGCUGCCAAAGUUCCUAUUGGAAGAAGGUUGUAUAGCAGCAAUAUUAUUUCCCAAGCAAAUGGUCAACCAAUUCACAUUGCAGAUCGUCUUGCUUCUGAUGGUAGAUUCAGAGUAUUAAUUUUUCCCGGCGACGUGGUAGAAUACCCUGAAAACAUGAAAAUAUUGCACAAGUUUCAGGAUUCCUUGGACUCAAAGCAUUUUUUCGCCAAAAAAUUUACCCCCAUCAAUGCGUUUGCCAAUUCGGUGAUUGACAUUAUUACGGUCCAUGGGUCCAGCAGACACAAAGUUGAAACGUUUGAUUUUCCGGAAUUUACUCAUCCACUCGAUUUUAAGCGUCGUUGUGAUUAUUGGAGAUUGUAUUCAGGGGUAGGAGACACGUAUCACGAAGGCAGUGUUGACAUUUAUGACCGCUAUGCUAUUAGUAAGAGCAAAGGUGUUAUUUUGACCAUAAGACCAGAUUCUCAUGUUGCUCAAGUUUCUCAAUAUUCACUUGAUGGAUUAAAAGAAGUUGACAGCUAUUUCAAUAAGUUUAUGAUUCCUCAAACCAAUAACAUUUUACCAACCAAAUCUUCUGACAUCGAUGAUUCAAAAAGAUUCAUACAACCCCGGUUAGCUGUUUGA